AGGAGGCAUUUAUCAAUGUAUGAUGUCAUUGAAGAAUUUCUGCGAAGCCAAAUUAACCUCAUGCCAAUUAGGUACACUUACUCAAAAAUUAAGAAGAUGUCCAAAGGUUUCAAGGACAAAUUGGGUGAAGGAGGUUAUGGCUUUGUAUAUAAAGGAAAGCUUGAAAGUGGCUCUUUUGUAGCUAUAAAGAUGUUGGGUAACUCCAAAGCUAAUGGGCAAGAAUUUAUCAGCGAAGUUGCAACAAUUGGAAGAAUUCACCACGUGAAUGUGGUGCAACUCAUUGGCUUCUGUGCUGAGGGGCCAAAGUGCACCCUUAUAUAUGAAUUCAUGCCUAGUGGCUUUCUUGAAAAAUACAUUUUUUCUCAAGAAGAAAGUAUCCGUAUCCCCUUAAGUAUUGAGAAAAUAUUUGAGAUUUCUCUUGGAGUGGCUCGUGGAAUUGAAUAUCUACAUCGAGAAUGUGACAUACAAAUUCUGCAUUUUGAUAUCAAGCCUCGUAACAUUCUUCUCGAUAAGAACUUCAUUCCCAAAGUUUCUGAUUUUGGGCUUGCAAAACUUUACCCAGCAAAUGAUAGCAUAGUGUCUUUGACUGCUGCAAAAGGAACACUAGGAUAUAUAACUCCAGAGUUGUUCUAUAAAAACAUUGGAGGGGUCUCCUAUAAAGCUGAUGUUUAUAGUUUUGGCAUGUUAUUGUUGGAAAUGGCUAGCAGAAGAAAGAAUGUGAAUGCAUUUGCAGACCAUUCAAGCCAAAUUUACUUCCUAACUUGGGUUUAUGGCCAAUUUAGCGAAGGAAAUGACAUAGAAAUAGAAGAUGCCACAGAGGAGGAGAAGAAAAUUGUUAAGAAGAUGAUCAUAGUCGCAUUAUGGUGCAUACAGAUGAAGCCUAGUGACCGUCCUUCAAUGAACAAAGUUGUAGAAAUGCUUGAAGGAGAAGUUGAAUUCUUACAAAUGCCUUCCAAGCCUUUCCUAUCAUCAUCACCAGCGAGACCAACAGAGGAUGUAGGAGACAACUUAAAUUCAACUAGUUCAUCAUUUCAAUCAGGUGAAUCAAGUCAAUCAACUAAACUUUAAAUGCAAGGAAAAUCUGACACCACCGCAAAAGUAGGGCAAUUAGUCUUCACAUAUUUGAUAGCAUAACACUUCAUAUUUUUGUGUGACAAAUAAUUGGUCCCUUGAUUUAUGAUAGCUAUCCUUACCUAAAACUUUUUUUUGCUUA